UAGCGAGGCUGGCCAUCUAGUUAGGUUAUGUAACAAAUGUUUCAUGACAAACCCAAGUUCAUUUUAGAGCUACAUUUCUUUAUUUAAUUAUUUAUGUGUUUGUUUGUUUGUUUGUUUAUUUGUAGCAGUGCCUUUAGAGAAGUGCCAGAGGCUAUGCAGUAGUAGCCUCGGCAUGACAUGACAAGCACCAGCUUCUGUAUUGAUGUUACCCGUCAUGUCGGCAGAGGCCUGAACAAUUAUUGUUCAAACAAAUCUACUUUGAAUUAGUCUGUUUAAAUGCUUACAAUAAACGAUUGUAUAUAACAGUAGUGUAUAUUGGAAAGACAGGAAAUUGGCAUUGUUUUUCUUUUUAAAAAUGCAUUUAUUGCCUUUUACCUGUGUGCGUAAUUUGUGAAACUGAAGAUAUUCCUCAGACUGUUAUGCCAUAUAGCCUUACUAAUGAAAAUAUUUGCAUGUGGCCUACACCCGAAUCAGUAGUAAGGUCAUUUACCCAUUUCUGUUUGUGGUCAGCGGCCAUUGUUGGACAAGCAGCAGCAUCCUUUUGGUCGCGCGGAUGCAACACAAUCGUUGGGGGUGGUGUGUGAGAGUGAGAGUGCGCUUACAAGGGGUACCCUCCACGCAUGCGCUGUCUGCUGCUGCAACAAGGGAGAAUGCAGCAAGCCGCACUGCGCAGGUGCGUGCCUGCAGCGCAUGCAGCUAUUUUUAGCAAGUGACGUCAUCAUGAAAUAUCAGCCAGCGCUUCAGCGCCCCCCAGCCCCCCUCUUUUCAGUCGGAGAUUGACAGUCAGGACGUUUGCAGCAGGAGCAGCAGCAGCAGCAGCACCCGACGGUCGACAGCGGAGGCGAGCCUCAGCAGCCAGCCAUCGGGCAGAGAGUGUGUCGUGCCAUCAAGAUGACCUAUGACUACUUCGGAUUCUCCUAUCUGCGCAAUGCACGAAAUACUACUGAGCCGCUGGCUGUCAACAAUCCAGCAGACAUUUCAGUCAUUGUGAUUUACUUUCUGGUGGUCUUAGCGGUGGGAAUAUGGGCUAUGUUGAGCACCAGUCGAGGGACUGUCGGAGGCUUCUUUCUGGCUGGGAGAAGUAUGGUGUGGUGGCCGAUUGGAGCAUCGUUGUUUGCUAGUAACAUUGGCAGUGGGCACUUUGUGGGGAUUGCUGGUACAGGUGCUGCUACUGGAAUUGCUAUUGGAGGAUUUGAAUGGAAUGCCCUAGUGCUGGUCAUCAUUCUCGGAUGGCUCUUUGUUCCUAUUUACAUCAAGGCUGGGGUGGUGACCAUGCCAGAGUAUCUGAGGAAGCGAUUUGGGGGCCAACGCAUCCGUAUCUACCUCUCUGUGCUGUCUCUGGUGCUCUACGUCUUCACCAAGAUCUCAGCAGACAUGUUCGCGGGAGCCAUCUUCAUCAACCAGGCUCUGGGUCUGAACAUCUACCUGGCCGUGGUCCUGCUGCUCACCAUCACAGCUCUCUACACAGUCACAGGUGGCCUUGCUGCGGUCAUCUACACUGACACCCUGCAGACCAUUAUCAUGGUGGUCGGCUCCUUCAUCCUCAUGGGCUUCGCUUUCAAUGAAGUAGGUGGCUACAACAAUUUAGAGGCCAGCUACAUGCAGGCCAUCCCGACCAUCAUCCCCCCGAACAUCAGCGAGGCGUGCUACACACCGCGGGCCGACUCCUUCCACCUCUUCAGGGACGCCGUGACCGGAGAUCUGCCCUGGCCCGGUCUCGUCUUUGGCCUCACCAUCCAAGCAGGCUGGUACUGGUGCACUGACCAGGUGAUUGUGCAGCGCUGCCUGUCGGCUAAGAACUUGUCCCAUGUGAAGGCCGGCUGCAUCCUGUGUGGCUACCUGAAGCUGCUGCCCAUGUUCCUCAUGGUGUUCCCUGGGAUGAUCAGCAGGGUGCUCUACACAGAGGUCAUAGCUUGUGUGGAUCCUGAAGAGUGCAGUAGGGCCUGUGGAGCCAGUGUAGGAUGCUCCAACAUUGCGUACCCAAAACUAGUGGUGGACCUCAUGCCUAACGGUCUGCGAGGCCUGAUGUUGUCGGUGAUGAUGGCGUCGCUGAUGUCAUCGCUCACCUCCAUCUUUAACUCCGCCAGCACGCUCUUCACCAUGGACAUCUACACCAAGAUCCGCAAACGCGCCGCAGAGAAGGAGCUGAUGCUCGCCGGCAGGGUGUUCAUGCUCUUCCUGAUUGGAGUGAGCAUUGCCUGGAUUCCCAUCGUUCAAUCAGCACAGAGCGGGAAGCUCUUUGACUACAUCCAGUCCAUCACAUCUUACCUAGCUCCACCCAUCGCCGCUGUGUUUUUCCUGGCCAUCUUCUGUAAGCGGGUCAACGAGCCGGGAGCGUUCUAUGGCCUGAUGCUGGGCCUGUGUGUGGGCCUGGUCCGGAUGAUCGCCGAGUUCGUCUAUGGCACGGGCAGCUGUGCCGCGCCCAGUAACUGCCCCACAAUCAUCUGUGGUGUCCACUACCUCUACUUCUCCAUCAUCCUCUUCGUCCUCUCCUGCGGCUUUGUCCUUGGCAUCUCCCUCAUGACCAAGGCCAUCCCAGACGAGAAUCUGUACCGCCUGUGCUGGACCCUCCGCAACCGUACCGAAAAGCGGAUUGACCUGGAGGCUGGAGAGGACUGGACGGGUCAGCAAGACGACAAGCAAGACAACAAGUCUGACAUGGGGGUGGAAGAACCGGAGGAUGAGCCUGGCUGCGUUAAGAAGGCCUACAACUGGUUCUGUGGCUUCGAGAAGAAGAGUUCCGCCCCCAAACUGACCGCCGAGGAAGAGGAAGAGCUGGAGAGGCAGCUCACCGACACCACGGAAAGGCCUCUGUGGAGGAACGUGACGAACGUCAACGCCAUCAUCCUCCUGGUCGUCUGCGUCUUCUUCCACGCAUUCUAUGGUUAAGGAGCUCAAGCAGAAUGUUUGCACUGGAGUAUAAAUACCUACUGACCUAUUCAUUGGCACAAAUACGCCUAUGUGUACAUACACACACGCAUACACACACACACACACACACACACACACACACACACACACACAUAUUGUAUGUACACACAUACACACACGCAAAGACACACAGACACACACAAGCUAAACUGAUCUGAGGAUGACAAGGAGACAGUAAAUGUAUUCCUAGACUGGAGAGAUAGUGUGUCAAGUCUGACCAUGUACUUCUUAUUUACAGUAAAACACUUCAAACAGCUGGGCUUUUGCUCACCUAGCUGCCAUUUCUGUGACUCAUUUCAUGAUUUAAAAACAAUCUCAUUUCCACAUCAAUCCAUUAUUGUAGAUAAAAUCCACCUUUGUCCCCGUUUUAUGUUAGUCCCCCCCCCCCCAUCUCAUUUCAUUUCACUUGUCCAGGAUCAUUGCAUUCUUUGUAAUUCCAAAUUAAUUUUGGUUCUGAACUAAACUUUUUUUUCUAUGUUUACCCAAACGUGUAUGGCAAACUGUUUCAUUUUCUUCCCGUCAUGUCAGGGAAAUGUACUUGCAUUUGUCAAGUACAGGUACAAUGCAACACUGUAGCCUAUGACUCAGAUAAUUUGUUUAUCAAUGAUUCAACACCAAGAGGAAUCCUUAUCCUGUUCUAAAUAAUCUUAUGAUGACAGAGUUUUCUGAAAAUGCUUUUAUAGUAUGUAGUUAUAUGUGCUAAAUUAUUAAUAUUGUACAUGAUGGUUGGCUGGGUGUUGGAAUUAUUGUAUUGUUAUAUUUGCACUAUUUUAUCCUUUGUGUGAAGUUUUAUAAAUAAACUAAAUGUAAAUGAU